AUGUUCGUGCUGGACUGGCUGAGCGACGUUCUCUCCUAUCUGGGCAUCUGGCAGAAGGACGGCAAGAUCCUCUUCCUGGGCCUGGACAACGCGGGCAAGACGACGCUGCUGCACCGGCUGAGCGAGGACCGCAUGGCCCAGCACGUGCCCACGCUGCACCCAACUUCGCAGGAGCUUCGCGUGGGCAACGCCCGCUUCACCACCUUCGACCUGGGUGGGCACUCGCAGGCGCGCCGCGUCUGGCGCGACUACUUCCCCGCCGUGGACGCCGUCGUGUUCCUGGUGGACGCGCACGACCGCCCCCGGUUCGCCGAGUCGCGCGCCGAGCUGGACGCCCUGCUGGCAGACGAGCAGCUCGCCGGCUGUCCCGUGCUCGUGCUCGCCAACAAGAUCGACAAACCAGGGGCCGCGAGCGAGGACGAGGUGCUCAAAAUGUUCGGCCUCAACGGCCAGGUCACCGGCAAGGGCACCGUGCCCCGGGCCGAACUCGGGGAAGUCAGGCCGCUCGAGACGUUCAUGUGCAGCGUGCUCAGGAGGCAGGGAUACGGAGACGGCUUUCGAUGGCUUGCGCAGUACAUCUAGGUCGUGUACGAGCUGUGUGCAGUUGGGAUGGAGUGAGGAACCGAAGAAGACGGGACAUAGAAGAGUUACGGUUUGGGUUAUCAUUGAUGUUCCGUGUUUGAGAAAUGGAUUUGUGGCACAAAACGGAAAGAAGUGCGCAUUAGCGAGGUAUACACCGCAUUACACCACUCGUGAAGGAGGUGUAAUGCGGUGAACGCCAGCUGUGACCCAAACUGCAACCCAUCGUAUGUCCUGUCUUCUUCGGCUUCUUCCUCCUAAACUCAAACGAUGCGCCAA